GUUGUCAUUAUGAAGGGGGCAAUGUAGUAGGGUGUGUUGGGGUAUUUUGUUGUUGGAGUGGAGGUCACAUGGGGGCAGACAUGGAGACCUGUGGGAGCUCUGAGUGCUUGCUGGGUCUUGUGGGACCUACAGAGUGAAGAGCCAAGGGAGAGGGGCAUUAUAGGGGACGUUAUAGCAUGGUUGGCCCCCUUCCUCACUUUUUUCUGCAGGUUAUUGAAGACCAUAGCUGCCAAGUUAUCCCUUUUUUACAGGGAUUUUCCCUUAUGCUGAAUAGGCUUCCUCGCGAGAAAAGUGAAAACUUGGCAGCUAUGUUGAAGAUCUCCUUAUUCUGGAAGUUUUUGACAAUGGCUUUAUUUUAUCAGAUAGGUGGGUUUUUUUUAAUGCCAUGGUUGAACAAGGCAGCUGCUGACCUUGCUCCUUAAUUCUGAACAGUUUGAUAUUCUAUGAAAUUGUAAUGUUAAAUUUGGCUCCAACUAUCCCGGUAGUUUUACACCAGAAGUGAAAGAUAGAAAUGUUUAUUAAAACAAGCAAAAUUGGGAAAUUGAGGGGCUUGGGCAAGUAAUUCAGGCACUUGAAAAAGCUCCUUUGCAGGUCUGCAUUUAGAGUUGAGGCAUCAGAUGGGUGGGUUUCAUUAAUGCCCCCCCUUUCUCCAUUUUUCUAGCACUGGUAGAAGCUGUGUUUGUUUCUGGUUUCAUGAGUCUCUUAAGGAAGGCAUGGCUAAAGGUGGAAAGGAAGUGGGCUGGGCAUGUGGUCUGUCACCAGAAUCCCCUUGUGAUGUUUUGUUUUUAACUGCCAUUUAAUGGGCCUGUAAACCCUGGUAAUGGGGAAACAACCUGCAAACUUUGUGCAUUUGAUGGAGUGAGCUUCCAUGAUCCAGGCCAGACAGCUGAAGAUCUAACAGUUGUGUUGCUUUUUAAGGUACCACAGAGCCAUUGGUGACUCUUGUGUAUUUUUCUCCUCCUUUCUCUCCCUACAGCACACCUAACAUGUUUGUACCUCUGAAAUGUGUGCAUAGAAAACUGGCAAAAGGGUAGUGCAGUAUUGUGCUGGGGAGGUGAGGGUGCUGGUAACUUUGGUUCCUCAUACUGUAUGAAGGAGAUGCAAGGAGCAGUGAACAUGUUGGAAACCACAGGAGGAAGGGGUGUCCUUGUGCUCGAAUCCUGUUUGCUGGUUUCCCACAGGUACAUGGUGAGAACAGGAUGCUGGACUAGAUGGGCCAGUGUCCUGGUCCAGCUGGCUCUUCUUAUGUUCUUAGGGUAAAAUAAAGCAGAGUGUUCUGAGUAGGCUAUUAAGGAGAAAGGGGCGAGGGAUGCAGUGUGGAGAGCUGCAGCAGAGAUAUGGAAAGACAGGUAUAGCAGGGGUUGGUUGAUGUGCAAUGUGAGAGGAAAUUUUGAUUAUGUGUGGGCUGAUUUAUGCAGACACGGGAUGUGGCGGAGUAGGACAGUAGACCUAAUGUUGUGGUGUGGGGAGUAGUGAUAUGGUGAUCUAGGGAGCAGAGGGAAUAAAAAAUGAAAGCAUGGUUUGCAGGAACAAGUGGGCUAAUGACUCUGUCCUUGAGAGGUCCCAAUUCCUGCUGCAGAAACUUUUCACCUUGUUGCUAGAAUACCUGUGAAGUGUAUCAAAGAUGCUCCAUCUCCUUUGCACUAUUCAUGCAUGAAAUCUGUUUUGAAUUUCUACAAACAUUCGUUCUCUAAAUAUUUAUAAUUGCUUUGCUAAAUAUUGUCUCGUGUCUUUGUUAUGCCCAGUAUGACAGGUCUUGCCAGAUCCUUUGCAGGUUCACUUUGCUAGUCUGCCUUGAAGGGCAUGUUCUUUCACUUCCAAGUUGACAGGGACCAUGAAAUUAGAUGUUUGAUGAAAACACGGGCUUCUCAACCCUAUGUUUCCUUUGUAAAAUGUGGGGGGGGGAAACAUUUUUUAAGGGGAACCUUGGUGGUGAUGGUGGAAGAAAGUCCUUUAAUCCUUCCCCUACUGACUCUGUCUGCAAAUGCCAGCCCAGGAUGUUUUAAAAUAAAGCUGGAUUCUGAAAACAAUUGAUUCCAGAUUGUGGGGAUGGGUGGACUGGCCUUUGAAGAAGGGGGGCAUUUGCAGGGGACUGCUGAUGGACGCAGGUGGGAUUAAACUCCCCUUCCUUCCUCUUGUUCCCCACAAGGCAUUCCCCUCACCCACCUUUUGCAUUAUAAUCAAACUUGGAUUUGCUGAUAUGUUAACUUCCACUCUGAGCAGAUGCUUUGGCAGUGAGGAGAGGCAGGUGAGUCGAAAGUGAGGCAGGAGUGAGAUGUACAAGACAGAGCCAGAGUUACCAGGUGUGUAGAGUUAAAGCAGGGCUCAGCAACCUAAGGCCCAUGGGCCGGAAGCAGCCCGCGGAGGUUGUUUGACCAGCCCGCGAGCCGCCCCUGAACCCAACUGCCAGCUGGUGCGCUGCGCUAAACUGGCACAGGGACUAGCUUCCGCGGUGCCGGAAAUUGCGUUGACGCAGACGCCGAAAAGCACUCAUGCGCGCACACAAUACGGUCCAUGGAGAGUUCUCUGUGGGACCAAUCUGGCCCAGGAAAGAUACCAGUAAACCUUGCUGACCCCUGAGAUAAAGCCUGAUGAGGGACAUUAUAGGGUUGGAGAAGGAGAAAUGAAAGGCUAUUUGAUGGUAGGGUACAUUUGUAUUGCUGCAGCAAAAUUGGAAAAAGUGAUUGGUAAGGUUAGAGCCAACAAUAAGAAAUGUUUAAAUUUUCUGGUGCCAGUUACCCUAGUUUGUGUAGGAUUUUCUCCCUACACAAAUUAGGGUAAUUGGCACCAGGCCUUAGAGAGUGAUCUAAUUUGGCAUGUUUAUUUUACUUGUAUUUCCUAAACAAAGCUAAAAACUUGGAAGCAGACAGACUUGCCUAAUGUUUUGUUUAGCACCCAUUCAUCAUUUUUAGUGAACUUAUGAAAUGGAAAGGUUUCCAUGAAAAAAAUUAAGGACUGGGAAUUUUUCCAUCCUAGGCCACUGCUUAAAGCAAGUGGCUUGGUGAAUGGAAUGCUAAGGGAAGGAAUAUAGAUAUAACAUAUGUGUAACCCCUUAGAGUCUGUCUCCAAACAAAAUGAAAUCUGUCUCCAAAUGAAAGAUAUCUGUGUGAAAAGGUACUGGUUUUCAGAAGAGGACCAGAAUGGAUGCCUCUGAAGCCGAGGCUCUGGGUAAAUGGGGAACGAAGUUAUCUAGUACUUUGACUUGUGCAUACCCUUUGCAUGACUCUGCUGCAGCUUGUGCAUGAUUUGUUUACAACAUAAGGGUGUUAGCAUCCAGUCUCAUUGUCUCUCUUAAAGGUGUUCAACCAAAGCAGGUGGUGAAAAAGGGGGCUUUUAACAUUAAUUGGAGCUUGAUUCUCUCUUUAACAUUUGUAGACAUACUUUGGGGCUUGGGUAAGAGUGAUGAUUGUGUCUUUUUUUAACCACUCAGCUCUGCAUGAGUUUGUGCGCAUGAGCGAGAGAACGCAGAACUAGAUUCCUGUGACAUUAGUUCACCUUUCACUUUUGGACUCUGAAGUGAACUUGGACUUGCAUGCCUGUGUGCUGCAAGUGUUUUCUUACUUGAUGUUUACUGUUGUAAGUGAACUCUGGACUCCAUGUGUAUGGGAUUUUGUCUUGAACAAAAGAUGCCUUGAACUGGGAAGCUAUUCCUUUUUGUUUUGCUCACUUGCGUGAAGGGAGGAGUGAUGGGGCUGAGUGCGUGGUCAGAACUUUUAUUCAUAUCUUGGCUUGUGCCUGAUUGUGGCCACUCUCUUUUUUCUAUCCAGACUCAUGUUGCAUGACUGUGCAUUUAGCACUUGCUUUUCAAGUCUUGCUCUUUAAAGAAAGGAACUGCCAUCCUGUUUAAUGUCAUUGUACAGUUACUAAGCCUCAGUCCUUUUCACCAUCAAUCUUUUAUCAGCUGUGACGUUCAAGUUUCUGGAAGGUUAUUGGCAAAUGCACACUUGCAUGGAGUAGGCAAUGAGAUACCCAGUGGAGUGCAGUAAUGAUCUCCCUUUGAGAGUGGUGGUUUGGGACGCAACUCAAACACAAACAAUGCAAGUAAAAACAAGGUGUCUUGUUGCUUAGGCUGCAGAAAAAUAUUAGCUCUGAAAUGGCAAAUGCAAAGUGCUAACAGUACAAGGGGGAGGCAGAAUUUUGAAAUGGACGUGUAGGAACAGGAGAUGGCGUGGUUCAGAGAUGUCAUUUAACUCUCUCAGUGCUUGAAGCUCACACAGAGUUUAAUGCAAUUCCCCAGGGACACGUUUUGUUGGGAAAUUUUGCAGAAAUUGCAUCUAUGUUAUCCUUAUGGCCUUGCACCACUGUGUUUGGAUUUGGUGACGCUCUGGAGGCUUCCUAAUAAUACGUUGAGGUACAGUUAGUGUGAUUGUAUUGGUUAUCUCAAAGGGAAUUGCUGCUGUACUUAGAGCCAUGUAAAAGCUAAACCUGCUGGUAUGGGUGACCACCGUGGUCCACAUUUAGACUUUUACAGUUCUCACGUGAGCCAUAUUCUGCCCCCAUAACACUGAGGGACCAGUUUCAAAUAUGGUGUUGUCAGCACUCAUUGGCUGAGCAAAGUGAGAUUUUUAGUUGGGCUUGUUUAGCAUCCUCUCCUUAUUUGUUGUUAAGACAACAAAUGGUGAGAGAAUAGAAUAGAAUUUGGUACAGCUGUUCCGGAAGUACAGUAAGUUUUUAGUACAAAUACCAGGUUGAUCUCUGCACUCUUUUUUUUUUUUUGAAGAGGAGGAAUGUUGCAAAACACAUUGAUGAAAUUUCUGCCUUGAAAAUGGAUUUUAGAAUGAAAACAAUGUUUAUUUUUUUUAGCAAUUCUUGGUUUCUACUUCAGCUUAAUAUCCUAAUUUCAAGGAUACCUGGGAAGGUGUUAAGCACUACUAUAUCCCUUGAGCAUUGGGAACACCUUGCAUGGUGUCCUAGUUGUACCUUUGUGCUAAAUUCCAUAGUAAUGGAGUUGGGAUUACUGGGUUUAUGGAACUGCAUUAUAGAUGGGUUUGGCAGCCAAAGAACAUUUAGUUUGUUUCAGUGGUGUGGGCUUAAUUUUUCUGCAGAAGAUGUUAAGUUUCAUGAGUGCAUUGGUAACAAAGAAUGGAUGCCCGUCGCAAAUAAAUAUUAUGUUGCAUAAGCUUGGAAGGUCCAAUAGUUUUUAGCUUUGUUUACCAAUUACAAGUAAAAUAAACAUUCUAAAUUAGACCACUCUCUAGGGCAUGAUAAUUUUACAAAGCAAAUUAUGCUAAUUUGCAUAGGAUAAUUUCCAGGAAAUUUUCCAGUUCAAAAUUUUCUGGACUUGAAACACCAGAGGGGGGAAUAUUUCAGUAAGAACUAUCAAAAUGCUAGUGGAGGAACAACUGCUGUUUCUUGGCAAGCUGAAGCACAGAGGUGCUUUGUUUCAGAUGCAUAUUUGCUUUGUUUUACUUUUUCCAUCUUGUAUUUUUCAGCAGUGUAAUCAGGAAUCACAAAACUUGAAAUUCUCAAGCCUUUCGUUGUCCUUUUAAAUCUGUGGACAGGUUUCUGAAGGCUGUCAUUUGGGGGCUGGUUCACUGAAUACUUCUCCCUGCAAUUUACCACCCUGUAAUUUCUUAUCAUUUGCCCCCACACUUUUAGCAAGGAGAAACAAAUAAGCACUAAAACGGGAUAAAUGGUUGGAUUUGCCCAUGACAAUAUCUCGGUCAGUGCUGUGGAAGCUCAGGAACUUUCUAUUUGUUUAGCUAGCACAUUCCCCGCUUUUCUAAAUGGGACACAGGGUAGUAUAUUUAUCCUUACAAAAACGAUGCAAGGUUGAGGUAGAUUAGGCUGAGAGAGCACUUUGCGCAAGUCACUGCACAUAGAGCUUCAUCACAGGAGUGAGAAUAUGAACUGGGGCUUCUCUGAUCCAAGCCUCUUAUCUAUUAUUUGCUUGCUGCCCUUUCCUGGGGCAUGUAGCAUCUGUACACCUUCCUGUGUACAGGAAGGGCUGUUCCUCGGCACUUCUUUCUUGGAGUUUCCAACACAACAUUCAGUGUCCUUUACUGUAAUUUUUGUAAAUAUGUCACCAAUCAAAGGCAGAAGGAAAUGGGGGACGGGACCGGGGACCAAGGGGGAAUUAACAAAACUUGCAGAAAUGUAAUGUGAAAGAGAGCAUCAAUACAUUUCAUGAGCUCUUCCCUUUUUUUGCAGGGUAUUUUUCAUUUUACUACUUGUACAAAGCCAGCAGAAGAAUCCAUAAAACAGCACACAACAAAACCUGCCUUGAUGCCCUUAAAGAAGAGGGGGGCGGGAAUUGUGUGGGACUGGCUACGGCUGUUGCUCCUUAGCUGAUCUGUGUAGGUUUGCACAGCUGAGACUGUCUUCUGGAACAAGCUUUGCUUCAAAAGUGAAGGCUCUGUCAGUUCAUACGUAAUAAUUUUAAGUUACUUAUGUUAGACUAGAGAAUUAGAUAAAGCGAUGAAACGAUGCAUUUUCCUCCUUGUUAUAAAUGCAUCUUGCUUUUUGGUUUUGGACCAAGUUUUUGCUCCAUGCACCUAAGCAAAUCAAGAACUAAGGCAGUGGUUUCCCACCUUUUUGGACCUGGGACCUACCUCCAAUCCAUACCAGUGUUUGAGAACCCAUUUCUCAAUUUUUGGCCAUAUAUUUAUAUGGUGGUAGUGGUGGUGUUGUGACCCCCUUGGAUUAGAAAGAUUGUAGCCGGCUAGUGAUUCCUGAUCUGCCAGCUGAAGACCAGUGCUGUAGGGUAUUAUAGCAAGGUUGGCCUAAGACCAGAGCCCACAGAAAGUAGAUAUUGCAUAAUAUCACAGCAAGAAUAUGGCAGCUGCUAGUUGAUCUCUCAAAAUGUCACAGAGUGUUUGGCAGUUAGGCUAUGUUGUUUUUGCUAGAACUUGAGAUGAUGACUCUCUGCCAGGAGCUAUGAGACAGGGAAAUACCAAUUGUAAACCUGGCCUUACCUGAGUUGAAGUGUUGACUUCGAUUGCUGUUUUCAGCCAUUCUCCAAAAAACCCACCCUUUUUCUUUUUCUUGUAACUGAAAGUAAUCCAGGUGCCAUUAUUUAUUACUAAUAACUAAAGUGCUGUGUCAUUGGCAUAUAUAAUAAAUGUACAAAAUUAAAAUAAGCAAAUAGGAGCUGAGGGAGAAAAAGUUUUCUUGAAAAUUGUAGGCUUCCUAACAUACAGCUGUUGGUGUCACCAUGUAAAUGACGGAGAUUUAUUUUUUUGGUCCUUGUUAUGUAUGGAAGAUUUUAAUGACUUAACGAUUCUAAUCAAUUAUGUCUGAGAACGCCAUUCAAGAUUUUCAAAGGACAAGAUUUGUUACUUGAGUGCUUCUUUAGUCAAUUCCAUUUCUUGUCUCCUUUGCAAACAUGCCAGUGUGUUUGAAAAGUAAGAAAAUUGCAGCGAUGCUGUUUUCUUCAGCUGUGCCUUCAGAAUAAAUGGUGAAAAGCUUAUUUUCUAACAAAUUAGGGGCCUCACUGGUCCCUCCCCCUGUAUUAAAUAUGAGCACAUUGACAGCUCUCUGCUUGGCAUUGGGAGUUGCAGUUGUUCCUGGAUCAUCUCAUGUUUUUCAUUUCUUUUAAUAAGAAUUCUGUUUAAUCCAUGAUAAAGCCCUCCAGGUACAUUAGACUGGGAGAUAUGUAACUUCCCAGGGCCACCCUGCAGUCUUCACGGUUGAGAGAGAAUUUGAAUAUUCUUACUAGGAGGGCUGUGGACUUUUAUUUAAAUGAGUGCUUGGUCUGGGGCACCUCCAGCCUAUGGGCAUCAUUUGAGGCCUUCAUGGACAUCAAGUUGAUGACCGUGGCCAGCAUUCAGAAAAAGCAAAUCAGGUGCAGGGCCAAGUAGAGAUAUGAACUACUGAGCCACAGCCUUUCAGCUGGCCACCUGCAAUUUCUUGGACCACAAUUGAAGAAACUUUUAUAUGCUGCUUCUGCCAUGGCCGUUUUCAUUGCAUACAGUUAAAACUCACUAAGACCCCAAAACAUAACUUUAUGUACUAAAAAGCAUUCUUACAAUUAAGAGUGCGGGAUUAUUAUUUUUUUGAAACUGACUGAAGGAUGUAUGGAAUUUUUUUAAGGAGAUGCAUUACUACUUAGAAGGGUGCACACUGAUAUUUUAGCAAUUGGAAGUCUCUGGCUCCCUUGCGGAUACCAAAAUUAAGGCAGACUAUAAAAUGCCUCAUAAAACGAAUAGCAGUGAUUUGCGCAUCACGAAAGUACUGCAUAAGAAGGCUUAAGAGCCAAUUGAACAUUGUUUGGCUUUUUAAAAAAUAAGAUGAUGUCUGUGUUGUGCUAAUUUAGAGCUCUGUUGCAGAUGCAAAUGCCAGGCCUAAACAAUUAUCUGCCAGAGAUGCUUUUAUUGGGCAUGGGCAUGGAUCUUCCUGGAAAUCUUGCCUGCUUAGGUUGAGGCAAGACCUGGACGGGAGCUCAAAAGAUCUUGCUGCAAACAAGACAAGCUUCACCCGCUCCUGUUGCUUAGUCUCAGUUUAUAGAAUACUCACACAAUGCUGUCUUCUAAUAUUGGUUGGCUGAUGGUAAUCUGCCCCUGUAUCUGAAGGCCUAGUGUGGGUAGCAAUUUGCGCUAAAGCUUUUAAAAUAAUUAUACAUCUGUGUGUGGUUUUCUCAGAUGCGGCAUCUUCAUGAGUCUGCAUCUGCUUGGCCAGGUGCUUCUCCCUCUUCUCCCCCUUUAUAGCAAUGGUCGGUCUGAGCAAUGUACAUCUAGCAUUGCACAGCAUAGAGGCAGAGGCUACGCUUCCUUGUAGGUGGACUUGUGGCUCUUUGUGCUUAUUACGCAAAGUACUUUACCUCUAGUGUUAGAAACUCAGGUAUACAAGCUAGGUGCCAAAUGGUUCCAUAACCAUGGUUAUAGUCAUCAAAACGGAAUGCCUGGUUGCCAUUUUUGGACCAGGUGGCUCAAAGGUUGUGUUUUUAAUAGGACUUUUUAGUUCCUGAAACUCAUUCUGAUUGUGCAGAUAAAAUAUACUGGAUAGAAUUCUGCAGGAUGUGUUGCUAGUGUUAGAAAACUGUCAAGAUCCAAGGAUCCCCAGGCCUGCACCUCUAGAUGGUGGAGAGGUCAGGUGCCAUCCUGGCGACCAGGUAUCUUCACUUGGUUGCAAGUGGCCAAUAGCCAGGUGCAAAAUGCUGCUUACCUCCAAGAUGUUCAGACUGGCAUGUUUGUUAGAUUGGGAUAAUACUACCGGUUUUUGCCCAAACGCUACUCAGUGAACUUCACAGCUGAGCAGGGAUGUCAGCUUGGGUUUCCAAGGCUUGCUGCACAGUCAGUUUUGCAGACUCCAGAACCUUGGUAACUGGUGUCAUAGAUUGCCAUGUACCCAGAACUGGUCAGACUUUAUUUCUAUUGCUGGUUCUUAGCAGUAUCUUUGGCUGUAGUGAUUACCGGUAGUUGGCUGUGAGCUUGCAUUAAUCCAUGGGGGAACAUCGUUCAGCCUGAGGGCCAUAUUCCCUUCUGGGGGCCGUAUGUCAGUGGUUGGUAAGACCAAAGCAGUCAGAAAACAAACAAACAAAUGUGAACUUUAACUUUGUAUAGUAGGACAGUUUCUACACACCCUUGUACCCCCUACUCGGUCCUCCAUCUGAGCAGUCAAUUAGCUUUAUUGGAGAGUGCACAGAAGGCCGGGAAGGGGUGUGUCCUGGAGAGAGUGUUUGUAUGGCUUGAAGGAUUCUAAGGUCCAGAUAAUAAUCGUAGAGUUGGAAGAGACCAUGAGGAUCAUCUAGUCCACCCCCUGCAACACAGGAAUAUUUUGCCAAGCUUGAGGCUCGAACCGACGACCCUGAGAUUCAGAAUUUUAUGGUCUACCCACUGUGCUCUCCCACGUCCUAGGAUAGAGAGCCCAGAGGGACUGAGCUUCCCCAUCCCUGCAUUAAAUAAAAACACUUUCACCAGUUUGAAAGAGGUUCCUGGUAGUUCAAAACGUUUAUGUUUCUAGUCCUACUUAUAUAAAUUUUAGGUGACAGGAAGAAAGUGCGUAGAGGAAGCGUGUAACGCAUAAAUGCAUCCUCCAAAGCAGCUGUGCUUUCUUUGAAAUGUUUUUCUUCUUAACUCAAUUCUAUAUUGAUUGACAUUAAAAACAAACCAACAAACCAGAAUGCUUACGUAUUUUUAAUGUUGUUUGUACUUCUUUGAAAAUAAUCCCUGAGACGUGUUUAUAUCUAUGGUUAGCUUCAGAAUAAGAGUGCAAUUGUCGUGGCCAGUCCAUCAUGAAACAAUUUGACCUAUUGACUUAAAGCUCUCUGUGACUUUAACUUUGCUAGAUGUUGAUGAUGAUGCAGACUGCUACUUGGCAAUGAGUAGAGCCAAAGGAAUAUGGAAAUAUGCCUCUUCAGGCCAGGAUUGCAAAGCUCUGCAAAUCAUUUUCCUAGCUUUCUAGAAGCACAGCACCUACUUUAUUCUGUCUCAACACUUGGGCAGUUUUACGUAGCUCUUUGAGAUUAUAAGAAUCACCAUUGAAAUAGGAUUUAAAUGUUGAGAGUGGCUCAUCAAACUGGAAUUGUGUUUAGGUUUGGUAACCUCUAACAGAGAAUACAGCUAUUACCACAAGUAUUUAACAUGUUCAACUGCAAUACAGUUUGCUCAGUGGCGUGAAACAAAAGAUGAGUCCCUAGCUUAGCAGGUUUGGCUAUGGAACAGAGCAAGUACAUCUAUGUAUCUUGGGUCUCUCUUCCUCCCCCCCCCCUUCCCUAGUUGCCAAAUGUUAUUUAAGACAUGCAGAGUUUUCUGAGAUGGAGGGGUAUUAAAUACAGUGGUACAAAUAACUCUACUUACGAAUUUUUCUACUUACAAAUGGAGCUCAGUCCGUCAUCUUGGAUGCAGUUUAGAUAGGAUUUUAUCUACUUACGAAUUUUUAGAUAGGGUUGCUUCGACUUACGAUUUUUUUCUCCCAAUGCAUUCCUAUGGGAUUCAACUUACAAUUUUUUUCAACUUACAAAUGUGUGUUCGGAACACAUUAAAUUCGUAAGUAGAGGUACCACUGUACAGAUGAUACCUUCGCUGACAUUUUGUGCUGUGUGGUAAAAUUUCUAGAGGGUUAGCUUUACUACUCUGUUACAGCAAACCCCAGAAAGAGUGCUGUGACACCUUAAAGACUAAUGUAUUUAUUUAUUAUGAUGUGGUCCAUGAAAGCUAAUGCUGUAAUAAAUACAUUUAUACCUUUAAAGCCCAAAGCAGCCUCGGCCCAGUAUACUUGAAGGAGCGUCUCCACCCCCCAUCGUUCUGCCUGGACACUGAGGUCCAGCUCCGAGGGCCUUCUGGUGGUUCCCUCACUGCAAGAAGCAAAGCUACAGGGAACCAGGCAGAGGGCCUUCUCGGUAGUGGCGCCCGCCCUGUGGAAUGCCCUCCCAUCAGAAGUCAAAGAGAUGAACAACUACCUGACAUUUAGAAAACAUCUGAAGGCAGCCCUGUUUAGGGAAGUUUUUAAUCUGUGACAUUUUAUUGUAUUUUAAUCUUUGCUGGAAACCACCCAGAGUGGCUGGGGAGACCCAGCCAGAUGGGCGGGGUACAAAUAAUAAAUAAUAAUAGUAAUAAUAAUAAUAAUUAUUAUUAUCAGGGGACUCCCUACAGGGAGCCUCCCCCCCAUCAUUCUGACCAGCACUUCGCCCAGCGAGAGCGGUAGCAGCAGGUCAGGCGGGGGGAAUGAAGAGAGGAGCGGAAUGGAGGGAAGGCUCAGUGAGGUAUCAGAGCCCUAGCCAACAGGUGGAAGAGGGAGCGCAGCUGCUUCCGAUGCCCGAAUUGAGGCACGCACCCAAACACAGGUUUAGGGGGCAGCGUUUCGGGGUCCCCAAGCUAUUAUGCUGGCCCAGGAGCAGAAGGGCGCCAUUGCCGGAUUCUGUGAGUGACUAGGUCGUCAUGUUUUCUGCUAUCUCUGCACUGUAAAUAGUAUGCACAAUAAAACCCUUAAAAACAGAAUGGACUGGAGCGUCUUUACUUGGGAGUAGCCUUAACAAUCCCUUGACAAUUAUUAUUAUUUGUUCAUCUUUAAGGUGUCACAGAACUCUUUGUUGCUUUUGUUCUGUGUGUAUUUCAUCUUACAAAAACUUGGCAGCUGGGGAGAAGGGCUGUUAGAAGUUUGAAACCUAGGUUUGAGGUACUUAAAGACCUGUAGGUAUGAACAGGUUCUCAUCUGGUUGCUUGCGUGAGAAGAGUGUUUAGGUUCUCAAAGAGGCUUUAGUAAAGUUUAAUUGCUCUGGUACCUUUUAUUUACAAGUUUAAGGGUGAACAGUGACUGUCUUGCAUAGACACACCUCAAAGAGCUCACCCAGGGAAGGACAAUAGCUCAGUAGUAGAUCAUUUGCUUUCCAUGAAGAAGGUCCCAGGUUCCACCCCUGGGAUCUCCAGGUAGGUUGGGAAUGUCCUCUGUGUGGAGCCUUGGAGAGCUGUUGCCACCCAGUGAUCUGACUCUGAAUCAGGAGCUUCCUAUGUAUGUUCCAUGGUCUUGUGGGGGAAAUGGCAAAGAUUGAAUUUUCCAGAUGAAACAUUCCACCUGUCUCGGCUGCCUCAAGUAGCCUCAGGGAGGAUAGUGCGUCUUCAGACGGCCCUUGUGUAUGUGGGGAAGGAAAAAAACUGCACUGGGUUGCGAAGUAGUUCUUAUUCAGAUUGGGUUUAGGGAAGGAGUUGCAUUGACCUCAAGUACAGAGUAUUAAGUGGGUAACAUACAAGUGCUUUGAACCUCUCUUUGUGUAUGUGUUUUUAGGAAUAUUUUAGUAGACAAGCCCAAUGAUCAGUCUUCGCGGUGGUCUUCUGAAAGUAACUACCCUCCCCAGUAUUUGAUCCUGAAACUUGAAAGGCCUGCCAUAGUCCAGAGCAUCACAUUUGGAAAAUAUGAGAAGACCCAUGUCUGUAAUUUAAAGAAGUUUAAAGUUUUUGGCGGGAUGAAUGAAGAAAACAUGACAGAUCUCUUAUCAAGUGGCUUAAAGAAUGACUAUAAUAAAGAAACGUUCACCUUGAAGCAUAAGAUUGAUGAGCAGAUGUUCCCUUGUCGAUUUAUUAAGAUAGUUCCGUUGCUGUCGUGGGGUCCCAGCUUCAAUUUUAGCAUCUGGUACGUUGAACUUAACGGCAUCGAUGAUCCAGAUGUGGUACAACCCUGCCUCAAUUGGUACAGCAAGUACCGUGAACAGGAAGCCAUUCGCCUCUGCCUGAAGCACUUUCGCCAGCACAACUACACAGAGGCCUUUGAGUCCCUGCAGAAGAAAACCAAGAUUGCACUGGAGCACCCCAUGCUGACAGACCUUCACGACAAGCUAGUCCUGAAGGGCGACUUCAAUGCCUGCGAAGAGUUGAUAGAGAAAGCUGUGAAUGAUGGUUUGUUCAACCAGUACAUCAGUCAGCAGGAAUACAAACCACGGUGGGGUCAGAUAAUCCCCAAAAGCACCAAAGGUGAUGGCGAGGAUAGCAGGCCUGGAAUGAGAGGCGGCCAUCAAAUGGUCAUUGACGUGCAGACAGAAACAGUAUAUUUGUUUGGCGGCUGGGACGGGACUCAGGACCUGGCUGACUUCUGGGCCUACAGCGUGAAGGAGAACCAGUGGGCGUGUAUAUCAAGAGAUACUGAAAAAGAGAAUGGCCCCAGCGCCAGGUCCUGCCACAAGAUGUGCAUCGACAUCCAGCGGAGGCAGAUCUACACGCUGGGCCGUUACCUGGAUUCCUCUGUGAGGAACAGCAAGUCUCUGAAAAGUGACUUCUAUCGCUACGACAUCGACACAAACACGUGGAUGUUGCUCAGCGAGGACACCGCUGCGGACGGAGGCCCCAAGCUCGUGUUUGACCAUCAGAUGUGCAUGGAUUCAGAGAAGCACAUGAUCUACACCUUUGGGGGAAGGAUUUUGACGUGCAACGGGAGCGUGGACGACAGCCGAGCCAGUGAGCCACAAUUCAGUGGCCUCUUCGCCUUCGACUGCCGGUGCCGGACAUGGAAACUCUUGCGAGAGGAUUCCUGUAAUGCUGGCCCUGAAGACAUCCAGUCCAGGAUAGGGCACUGCAUGUUGUUCCAUUCAAAAAAUCGUUGCCUGUACGUGUUUGGUGGCCAGAGGUCGAAAACAUACCUGAACGAUUUCUUCAGUUACGAUGUAGACAGCGAUCACGUGGAUAUCAUCUCGGAUGGAACCAAGAAAGAUUCAGGGAUGGUCCCAAUGACCGGCUUCACCCAAAGAGCUACCAUCGACCCGGAACUGAACGAAAUCCAUGUGUUGUCUGGACUUAGCAAAGACAAGGAGAAAAGGGAAGAGAAUGUUCGGAAUUCCUUCUGGAUUUAUGACAUUGUACGGAACAGCUGGUCUUGUGUCUACAAGAACGACCAGGCCGCCAAAGAGAAUCCAAGCAAAAGCCUCCAAGAGGAGGAGCCCUGCCCGCGUUUUGCACACCAGCUUGUGUAUGAUGAAUUGCACAAGGUCCAUUAUUUGUUUGGAGGGAAUCCAGGCAAAUCCUGUUCUCCAAAGAUGCGGCUGGAUGAUUUCUGGUCCCUGAAGCUUUGCCGGCCUUCGAAAGAAUACCUUCUACGCCACUGCAAAUACCUAAUUAGGAAGCACAGGUUUGAAGAGAAGGCCCAGACAGACCCGCUAAGUGCCCUGAAAUACCUGCAGAACGACUUGUUUGUGACCGUAGACCACUCGGACCCAGAGGAGACAAAAGAGUUCCAGUUACUUGCUUCAGCCCUCUUCAAGUCCGGCUCCGACCUGAGCACUCUGGGGUUUUCUGACGUUGACCACAUCUACGCCCAACGGACUCAGCUCUUUGAUACCUUAGUGAACUUCUUUCCCGACAACAUGACGCCGCCCAAGGGCAACCUGGUAGACCUCAUCACUCUGUGACAGGGGCACUGGCUGGACACGCGGAAGGAGGAGGGGAGGGCGGCAGGGCGGGGGCUGGGAGAAGGACUUUUUUUUGGCUUUUCAGUAUUUUUAAUUUGUGUGUGUGUGUGUGCGCGCGCCUGCCUUGAUUGACUGAGCGACUGGCGGACUGCACUAUAAUAAGAGACACGUGGUUUCAGAGCAGGGAGGGGAGGUGGCUUCAUGGAUAAAUACCAAAUGGGCUAAUAAAAGGCAACUGACGUACUUCUGAUGGAAAUACAUACAUAGAUAUAUUUUCUGACCUUGGCUUUUUUUAAAAAAGUGAAUGAACGCUGAUGAGAAGAAAGCAAAUCACAUGUCAUCUGAGUUAUGUAUACUUACCAGUACCCCUCCCCUCCCGCCACCUGUUGUGUCUGUGUGCAAAAUGAAGUCUUGGAGGGGGGGGUGUCGUUUGGGUUUUAUUUGGGACCUCAUUGUAAUUUUGUCCCAACGUUUGUCUGGCUGAGUUGAGCGUUACUUCUCGGCGUCCGUGAAUACCGGCAGUGGGCUCUGGUGUACGCAAGGGGUCCGUGUGUCCAUGUGUGCAUCUCUCUCUGUGGGCUUUGAUCUCAUAAACUGCAGCCGUGUCCUUGUCGAAGGAAAAGCGAAAUCUGAGAAGGAAGCUUAGCCCCCUCUAGCGGGCAACUUUUAGAUCUUGCGAAGAAGAAACAAAUAGGAACAUAAAUACAGUUCCGGGAGGGAACUACUCUUGAAACGCGAACUCGUGUGACAAAAUGACAGCAGCCCCACUUCUGCUAGGAAGAAGAUGUGAGUGGGAAAGUGGGUGGCGCUUGAAAACACCCCCCCCCCCCAAGCUUUUGUGCUAGAAAUACACACACAUACCUCUUUCCAGGUACAUGUUGGUGGAGGGAAGUGGGAUUUGGGGCAGAUUUCAGCAGAGGGCAGGGGGGAAAGUUGGAGCAAUUUGCUCCCCUUCCGAAGUAGCUUCCUUCCCCCUUGUUUUUAAACAAGAAGCAGCCGCUGCAGUUUUUGCGUUCAAUUCAUGUAUGAUGAGUAGUUCCAUCCCUUGGUUGGUGCUACCACAGUUGCCUGGCUUCUAGGGUUCUGAUUGCCUUUUGUUUUUAAUGCAGUCUGAUCCCACCUUAACCACGCACCAUCCAGAAACCUCAAAAGUGAAGAACACUGGCCAUACCUGCAUUUCGUGAGCUUUGUAUCCAUCCUGUUUUUCAAACAGAAUCUUGUAAGUAGGCGUUGGGCAGAGCUCGGGGCAGGUGACCUUCCAGAUGUUCGGGGCAACAUCUCCCACCAUCCUUGCUAAACGUUGGCUUCGCCAACUUGGGGUUGAUUGGAAUUGUAGUCCAAAACGCUGGCUACCCUCUGGUUUAGAGAGCUUCUGUCUUCUAUGCCCCACCUCCCUGCAACUUGCAUAGGUCCAUCCUAAGCUCUGCUUAAUUUGCCUCUUUGCCAAGGAGAAGCUGGUGUAGUUCGUGUUUCAAACCACAGGUUGUAGCAAAAAAAAAAAAGUUUGCUGUUUUCACCAGGCGUUUGUAUUGAUGCAGGCUGGUUGCUUUUAAACCCCUCCACCUUGUUCAUCCGCUCAGUGACCUGUUUGCACAGGAAAUGCCUGAGUUAACGCCUUAGCUCUGGCCUGAAAAGUUGGGGGCAGGCAUGGGGCAAGAAUCCCACGCCAACACUCUCUCCCCAGCAGGCUGUGCAGACAACAUAGCUCAGGGAUAUCCUGUAGUCAUAGUGCUGGGUGAGUUGAAGGGGGCUGCGCAGAUGUUGGAUUGUACAUUUACCUCCCCUUUAGAUGCUCAUGCAGGUUUGCCUGUCUUUAGACACACUUUUGAUAACAUAAGCACAUGAAUUUGAAAGCAGCUUAUUCCUUCCCUUCCACCCCCCCCCAGGCCUUUGCACUAAAACUUCAGUACCAAGGUGUGUAUUAAGUGUGUAUUGCUAGGUUUUGGGGUGCUCGCCCCAUCAGUAAGAAUGCGAUCCCCAAAAUACAUGCAGUUUAAGUAGACUGGGUUAAAGGCACGCACAUGCUUUAAGAAUGUUAGUGCUCGAAAUUCCCCAGCAGCCAGUCACAUUUUGAGACUGGCAAGUGACCUUUUGCGAGCAAGUGGAGUUGUCUUGUUGCCAGGCUUGGCUACUGACAACUCUCUCUAGUUGGAUGGCACUGCUGCGAUGCCACGUCAGUCAGCUGGCUUGCGGGGCAGUGCAGCACCAAAAGAUACACCUCUUUGGUACUGAACUGCCCCACAAAUCAGCUGGCUUGCGGAGCACCAAAAGAUGUGCCGGCUGAUUCAUGCAAAAAAAAAAAAAAAAAGACUAGAUAUUUGGUUGUGGCGCCCGUAACAUAAGUUUAA